AUGCAAGUCAGAAAUAUUCAGAACAUAGCACCGAGUCUAACUGACAAGAGUAUAAAGAUAUACUAUGAACACGUUAUGAUGAAACCAACCAAAAUUCAAGAAAGUCAGUAUACUUAUGAAUAUCCAAGACACUGGGUAGAGUAUGUAGGAGGUGAGAAAGCUAUUGAAAUCAGACAGGUUCGAAGUAUUCCAGCAGGAAGAACAAUAUUAUUGAAGAACUUUAAUGUUUUGAGAUAUAAUGAUGAAACAAAGAAGCAAGAUAGUUUCCCUGUUGCUGUGUAUGUGAACUUAGACACAGGAGAUGA